GGUUAUAUCCAGCAGGGCUCUGUCAGCUGCUUGCUGACUGAACAGGGAGGAGGAGCUGUGAAACUUUGCUGCAAGCCGUUCAUUCCUCUGCUGUGUCAAUGUUUUAACAAUCAUUUCGCCCUCGACCUCGCCAAAGUGAUAUAUGUUGUAACGUUAAAGCGGAAGACAACUAAAGCCGUCGCUGUGGUACGUUUGAGGACCGUAAACGCCAGACAAGUUUAAUUUAGUACAAUGGGAAGCUGGAAGAAUCACGUGCGCGCUCGACUGCUACAGAGAGACCAAACUGAGAAACUCCCCUAUGUUGGCGUUUUUACAAGCUUGUCUCUGCUGGAGGAACGUUUUGAAAUUCGCAAACAAAUUUUGGAAGAAGUUCAGUCUAAGAGUUUAGAACGAGGUGGAGUUGAAGUUGGGAAAAACACCAGACUUCUUCAACUCCAACUGAGAGAGAGUGAACACCUAGCAGAAAAGCUGUCUCAGACUGUGUCUGACCUGACCACCGUCCUGUAUCUGAAAGAGGCUGAGCUACAGUACUGGCAGUCACGUGUGUCCCAGUACCGUCAAGAGGCACUCACUCUGGCUAAAGGGAGUAACACCCUGAAGGCGACCCUUUCAGAAUUUGAGUUCAACAUAGAGUGUCAAUCCAAAGAGCUUGGAGCCCUGCGAACAGAGCAGAAAGGACUAAAGGAAGCGUUGGCACAGGCUUGGAGAGAGAAAGAGGAGCUCUUGCAGCGAUGGAUGGAGGAGAAGAGGGAGGAGGCAGACAGGUUGAAUCAGUACAAUGACACACAGGAAAGGUGGCAACGUUUGGCCAAACACCUGAGGAAGAACCUUCAUAGGGAAAUGGAAAAGAGUAUGUUCCCAUAGUGACAGACCCUUGGAGUGCUACGUCUCCAUCAGUCAUUCAGAGGAUCGGUAAUACCACAGAUAUACACCAGCGGCACUCAAAGUCUCAGCGGUAGCAACCGUCUGAUAUUCUGUUGGGAUCCUGGAGAUGACAUUUCCUCAGUGCUUGUAGUUGAAAAACUCAUUUCCCACACAGAAUGUGA